AUGGGGCUGGGGGACAUAAUAUUCCUCCUUGUCUUCAGCUGCCUGGUAUUGUCAGUCUUCUCCACCAUCCACGAGCACCAGAAACUGGCCAACCAGUGCCUCUUCAUCCUGGAGCUCAUCACCGCCUGGUACAUCGGCUUCCUGGUGCUCAUCUUCUCCUCCUUCCUGGUGUACCUGGCUGAGAAGGACGCCAACAUCCAGUUCGCCACCUACGCGGACUCCCUAUGGUGGGGCACGCCCCGCCGGCCCUACCUGACAGCCACCUGGUGCUACUAUGACAGCCUCCUGCCUUCCAUCAGCAACAAGAUGGGCAUCAAGGAGAGGAUCCGGCUGAGCACCCCGCAGCGGCAGGGCAGCCGUGGCAGGCAGCCCCUGGGGCCCCCCCUGCACCGCUCCCCCAGCACUGAGGACCUCCCUGAGGCCUCCAGCCCCACCAAGGUGCAGAAGAGCUGGAGCUUCAAUGACCGGACCCGCUUCCGUGCAUCCCUGAGGCUCAAGCCACGGACCCCAGUUGAGGCUGACUGCCCACCAGAGGACAGCGGUGAGGAGAAGAGCUCCCACUGUGACCUGACCUUUGAAGACAUCAUGCCAGCAGUGAAGACCCUCAUUCGGGCUGUCAGGAUCCUGAAGUUUCUGGUGGCCAAGAGGAAGUUCAAGGAGACCUUGCGUCCCUAUGAUGUCAAGGACGUCAUUGAGCAGUACUCAGCUGGUCACCUGGACAUGCUGGGCAGGAUUAAGAGCCUGCAGAUGCGUGUGGACCAGAUCGUGGGCAGGGGAGGCCUCACCACGGACAAGAAGAUGCGGGAGAAGGGGGAGAAGCUGGCGCUGGAGACGGAGCUGGUGGACGAGCUCAGCAUGAUGGGGCGUGUGGUCAAAGUGGAGAGGCAGGUGCAGUCCAUUGAGCACAAGCUGGACCUGUUGCUUGGCCUCUACUCCCAGUGCCUCCGCAAGGGCUCCAUCAACUCCUUCAGCCUGGCCGCGGUGAAGGUGCCGCCCUGCGAGCCCGACAUCACCUCUGACUACCACAGCCCCGUGGACCACGAGGACAUCUCGGUCUCUGCCCAGACCCUGAACAUCUCCAGGUCGGCCAGCACCAACAUGGACUGA